AUGCCCUCCCUGACUUCCAUCGCUACCGCUUUCUUUGCUUUGGCACUGCUGGCCGCUUCAAACGCCCUAGACGCAACUCAGCACCAGUCGAACACACAGCAAGAAUCCCCGCACCAGUCGAACACUCAGCAAGAAACUCCGCACCAGUCGAACAACGGAACUGAAGCACACAAAAGCAUGUUGCUUACGGCGUUGAACGAUGUGGACUCCUACAAGUCCUCCACGCUCAUUUGUCUCUACAAGGUGAACAAGGUAGAAGUUAAGAAGAACACUUACGACUACAGCGUGACCGGAUGCAAGGUGGACCCCGAGUUUGUGGGUAGUUGCCCCGACUUGACCACCUUUCCUGGAUGUGGCAACUACAACGUCGUACUCACCACAAAGUCGAAGUCCAAGAAACCUAAGGUGCAGUCGAUCAAGGCGUCGAAGUAA